AUUUUGAUUUUGAUUAUCGUUCGUUGUAUAGAUACCUAUAUAUAUUUGAUUCUUACAAAAUUAUAAAUAGUCGUAACCGUAAAUAUUUUUUGUUCUACCUACAUGUAAUUUUCUAAUAUAAUUGAUAUUUGUGCAAGGCGGUUUAUUUAGUUCAUUUUACCUGCGGGACCGCCACCGCUGCAAGUGUUCUGCUGCGCUACAGAUAGUUUCAACGAUCAGCUGUCAGGGACCUUUGACGUGUAGAACACAAACAAAUCCUAAAUAUCGGUUUGCUAUGCUGUUGCCGCAAUGAACGGCACUUUUUAUGAUCAGUUAUCAGGCGUAACUGGGCUUUUCGAGCAAUGGGGCGCUUGCGAGCGUACGAUGGUAGCUUGCGCGCUCGCGCGGCGCGUGCCUUGGCCGGGUCUGAAGCUGGUACAGCGGGCUGUGGAGGCUGCCUUACAAAACCAUGUAGACGACGAGAUAUUGGAACAUGAAGCUAAUGACGAGACUUUGCUUGCCAGUCUGUUCAACAUUAGGAUAGAUGAUGAUGACAAUGAGGGAGGGGAACAACUUCGAAGAUUAUUGACACUCCUACCUCUACUUAGGACAGAUAAUGAGCGUGCCAAGGAUGUUUAUGUGACUGCAGCACAGACACUUGUGCAGCGAUGUGUUGAUUCACCACGGCGCUCCUCAGUUUCAUCUGAUCUUUGUCGACAAUUGUUAUCCUAUUUACUACUGCAUCCUGCUCUUACACACACAGAUCAAAAAACUCUGACGCAAUGGCUGCGACAUUUAGAAAAUCAUAUGUCUGGAAACAGAAAUACUGAAACUGUUUGGCAGCAUAGGCUAGAUCAUUGCUUGUUACCUGAUGUUAACAUUUGGAGCACAAACAAUACUUUUAGACGGACAAUUGGCAAAAAUGUAGAAUUCAGGGGCAUGGAUACAUUAGACAUAUGUUAUCCAGAUUUACUCCAGGAAUCAUUCUCGAAAAAUGGCAGAGAUGUCGAUAUCAGCUUAGACGGGGAUAAACUCAAUUUUGAUGCAGCAGUAUCACAACCAAAAUCACAGAGGUCCAAUAGUUUGACUCCACCUUCAAGUAAUUUUAUACACAUGUCAUCAUCAGCUGAGAAUUUGAGUGAUGAGCCAUUUGUACAGAAGCCACGCAGUUUUUCUCUUUCCAGUGAACAUAGCCUAGCUCAGAUUAGGCCUAUUAGUAUAAUGUAUGGAACAACUGGAAGCGAGACACGCCUAGAUGAUUUAAGAUCAAAUAAUUUUACUGAACAUCCUGGAAUGUCAACAGUGACACAGUGGUUAAAGAGCUUACGUCUUCAUAAAUACGUGUGGCUAUUCACUAAUGUUACUUAUGAUCAAAUGAUGGCUAUGGAUGAUAAAUACCUCGAGAAACUUGGUGUGACUAAAGGGGCUCGUCACAAAUUAUUAUUAUCUAUAAAGAAAUUAAAUGAACGAGCAGCUAUUAUUGAAAGUGUCGAAGCAGAGUUGAAAAUAUCCAUGAUAUCACCAUCUUCGGCCGCACGAGCUUUGGAACGUUUGCGCGGCGUGCUACUGAGUCCUAUGCCACCUGCUUCUGAUUUACCUGUUGCUAUUGUACGAGCUUUAAAUUUAGCUUCUACUACUUUAUGUAAUAGUUGUGGGACGGGUUCGCGUGUACCCCAACAUGUCUCUCACGAAGAGACUGAUCACGACCUACCCAUCGACCCUUUAUCCUUACACUGCUGGCUUGUUGAAAAGGCACUUCAUCACGAGGCAUUUAAUAGGCCGGACUUAUUGGAGGAGUUAAAACGGUUACGGCAUAGAUUACCUCCAAGACAGUUCUUCCAUCAUGUAAGCGAUAUGCCACUCAACAGGCGGUGUCCAAAGCUCCGAUGGCGUUUCGGAUCGCAAAACGGGUAUCAAAAGCCUUUACAUAGGCGCAUGUGGACACCGAACUCGCAGUCUAAGGGUGGACCGCCGUUGCCGCGCGGAAAGUCGAACUCGUACCCACCUUUUCCUCCCGCCGCUGCACCCCGUUUACCCCCUACGCCUUCAACCCCUGCCGUUCCCGCUGCAGAUGAUUACUCGAGCCUUGAUGCGCUCUGUCUACAAAUGACCGAGCAGGCGAUCAACUGAGCAGACGCCCACAUGUUGACGGGUGAUGUCACAGAGGACUUACAAAAAAUGCAAGUCACAGCUUAAUAUGAAAAAUGGUAAUAUGAUAGUAGUCGCAUAGAAACAUAACAACCAUGCCAUUCAUUUAUUUCGUGUUGCUCCCACUCAUAUUAAAUAUUUUUCUAUGUAACAACUAUCACUUUAAAGUUUAAGUACUGACUGAAAGCUUACACUCUGUAAUAUAGGAUAGUAUCCUCUGUGAUUAUGCUCUAUUGACUCUUGUGAAUAGUGUACUCCAUGCUAAAACAAACGUCUUGUUUGCUGCUGGGACAUUUCUCAAUGUUCCAGAACAUUAUCUGAUUAAUUGAUGCAAAAUCGUAAUAUUAAUUAAUUGGAUACGUAACGAUUCCCAAUUUAAAUAAUGCAGGAAGGUCAUGGUACUUUUAAGAAAUAUAAUAUAUACAUAUGUAAAGAACUUACUACUUUUAUAAUAGAGAUGAUAUAAUACAAAUCGUAUUUAUAUUUAUUUGACGAGGUUUUUCUAUUGAUGAAAGCCCUGAUGUUUAUUUAAUCCUGGAUAUUAUAAGUCUAAAUAUAACUUAUUUAGUAGCCAUAAUGCAUUAUAGAAAUUUGAUCACGCUUUAGGUAAGGAGUACACAAAUUUAUCUAGCAUAGUGAAUUAAUAUUUAUUUAUAUUAAAUAAAUGAAGAGCUGGUGAAAUGAUGCCUUAAUUUAACGAAAAUACAAAUAUUGACGUUUAACAUUAUUAGGGUACAUUUCUAAUGUCUCGCCAUGGGUCCCAAUGCUUUUUGUAGGUUUCGAUAUUUGCAUUUUUUUAAUAUAAGAUAUAUCAUUGUCCACCAAUGAAGCAUAAUGUAAAUAAAGCAUCUGUAAAAAAUAUUUAUUUCCUAUAUAGUAAUCGAUGACAUCGACUUGAUUUGGUUCGUCCAAUUGUAAUAUGUAUACAAAAUAAACUUUAUCCUAAAUUUAUCUGGUGCUAAUUUUGCAACUUUUAAAUUCCAGUGUAGUUUGUUAUUUAAUUAGGAUUAGUAAUUAUUUAUUUUAUGAUAAUGUAAAACAUUGGAAGGUACAGUAAAAUGUAUAGUUAUUUAAUGGAAAGGUGGACUUGGUUGUGGUGCAAGUAGCACGUCCAUGCAGUCACGUAGGCGUCUACAGAGUUCAGACAGCACGGCCUAAUAAAACUGCAGGUACCUACUUAAUGUCAACUUAAUUGUAAACAAUAUAGUUGUUGUUCAGUGUAUUAAUUGUGAUUAUUGUUGACUUGUUACACUUGCACACUAUUGUCUGUUCUUAAACAAUUAUUAAUGUUAUAAUAUAAAUUUAGAUGUAACUUGUUGACUGAAGAUUUAUUUAUAAUGUUUGUGUGCUGUUUAUUUAUUUAGUUUAAUUAUUUGUAUUGACCAUUUUGACUGGAUCAAAAAUCUGAUUGUAAGAUGUGCAAUUUUUUUUUAUUUAUUAUAUAAAUGUUUAUAAUAAAUGUUAUCAAGUUUUGUAAAUAAUUGACUGGGUUACAAUGUAUUUAAAAUAUUGAAUAUUACGCAAUAAGAUAAUGGCUUUGUACAAACUUUGGAAGUUGUGUUGACGGCAGACUUUAUUAGUGCAAUGAAAGUAAUAAUUGAUAUGAAAUAAUUGUUUUAAUUAUUAAUUGGUUAAUUAAUAUAUGACACAGUCCACAAUAGUAUGUUGAUUUAUUUAUGAAAUAUAAUGAAUUUAUAUAAUGUAAUAUAUUCUAAAAUUGUACUUUUAAAAUACUGUCUGGAAUAAUAUUUAUUAUUCUUUUAACAAAAUAUUUUAGGAAAUAACUGAUGCCUAGAACUUGUUGUUCUAGUAUUUAAUUAACACUUCUGUUUUACAUGUCUGGACUGUGAUAUGGUUUAUUUUUUUAUUACAAUAUUUAUCAGCACGAAAAUAAAAGUAAAUUGUAAUGUG